UUAGAUCGUGACAGAUCGCUUCGCUUGUUUUCAGUUGAGAUUCCGUGCGUGUCCGUUCCGAUCGGUUCCGCGUAAAAUUUAUCGGAACAGUUUCCCAGCCGGGGAAAAUAUGAGUGACCAGGACAUCAAAGUGCAAAGUUUCACCGAUCUGCGCCUGGUCGGUGACCAGCUGGAUCGGAUCCCGCUGCGGAAAGUGUGCCGCAUAUCGUUGAACAGCCUCCGCCGGCAGGAGAGCGACCUGGAGGUGUACGAGUUCAUCUUCGGGCAGGUGGUGCAUCGGUUCGAUCCGGAUGAGUUCGAGACGGAAGUGUCGGCGGUUCUGCUGCCGGAAGUGCAGAAACAUUUGGAUAAGAUCCUCAUCGAAUUGAAGGACAAUGCACUUUCCUGUUUUCUGAUAGACAACCUCAAAUCGUUUCUAUCGUUCGCAAACAUAUUGCUGAGCUUUGCCGAGUAUGUGUUCCAAGUGUCGGAAACCUACCAACUGUACCGAACGGCAACCAUAUUUUUGGAAUUUCUCGUGCGAAGCUAUGAAAUAGUGAAGCGGAGCAAAACGUCAGUACAGCACGAGUCGAACGAACAGGACAUCGUUCAGCAGAUCUUUACAAUUUGCCAGAAAAUUCAGGUCAUCAUGAUGCAUCUGUUGGCGCCGUCCGAAAAGGCGGGCUCUUAUUUCCAGCACACUGAUGUGGAAGAACAGUUCUGCUGCUUGAAAGACGUCAUAGCCACAUUCUGUAAAAUUGGUUCGCUCACUAUGGGACUAGACAACAUGCGGUGUACGGAAGCGUGGAAAGCUGUCGGGAAACUGUGUUCUUUACAUGAAGGCGCAAUAAAACAUAAUGAUACUGAGUGGCUACACCCACUACUAUUCAAAACCAACUCUGACAUCGAGGCAUCAUUCAAAAUGUUGCUGACUAAUAAGGAGUUUACCAAAAAUGACAUGGUCAAAUUGAAGCUUAUCAACCUCAUGUUGCGCGUUUUUAUCAAACUUUUGCAGCUCAUAAAUGUCGACGAGUACAACGAAUAUCCUAGCAUUCUAAAAACCAUUGUCACGAUUGAGGAUGCACUAAAGUCGAGAAACACGGAGGAAGAGUUGACUAACGCAGUUCGACAGUAUUUGCUCGUUGGUUAUAUGAACGUGAUUGGAUUAAUCUUCAGGACGAAGAGCUUUGUCGAGGCUCUGACAUCGACGGACUACCAAUCGACAGAGGAAAUAACUGCUUUCUACAAGAUCAUUCAACUUGUUAUCCUAAAAGUACUCGCCGAAAAGCAUAGCCCAACUUUAAUCGAUUUAUAUGUAACAGAUUGUGGAUUUUUGGAGAAUUGUGUCGGUUACAUAUCCAAGAGCCAUCGCGUUUUCAACCAGCAACCGCAAAUUUACCGUCAGUUAUUGGUGCAUCUAUCAGCUUUCGUUCUCAUGUGUUCGAAGAAUCCUCCGAAGCAGCGUCAAAAAUUGUUAGAGGGGACACUAGUGACUAUGGUCCUUCAUGAAUCGUAUUGGGUCGGAUUGAUGGGGCUGGACAUCUGGAGUAUAUAUCUACGCUACCAUUCAGUGGAGCUACUGUGGCAGUAUUUGGCGUUUUGGAAAUCCGUUAAUGAUCGAUUCUCAUCUUUUGCCUCAGAGGCUAAAGUUGUUUUUGUAAGGAGGUUGAUCCACAACAUGUAUCUGUUCUUACCAAACAGUAUGCAGCAAAAAUUGGUGGCGGAAUACCCGAUAAUGGACGAAAAGAACCAUAGAUUGUGGAUAGCUGUGGGUUUACAAUCGGUGGACAAAAGCGUUACGAAGGCAAUCGGAGAGUCUCUGGUGCGACGCGUUAAACAGAACUGUUCUGAUUUAGUUGGAAAGUGUUCAGUUGAGAAGUUUUACGAAUGUCUGGUAAUGCUACAUCUACUAUCAACUUGUCACGAUGCACACCUUUUACAAGGGUUGGAAAGUGAUGUGCUUAUGCUAUGGCGACGGAUAAGGAUUGAUAGACGAUACAAAGCAAAAUGUGACACAUUAAUUCAAACGCUUUUGCUUAUUACCAUUCGAUUGGCGGAGUUUCAAAUUUGUUCAAAUGCUUUAAAAAUCGCUUGCUUCGAAAAAGUAACGGAAUAUUUCGAUUUACUAAGCGAUUCUUCAAGGAUAAAGGUGAUAGAGCUUAUGAGCUUUAUCCCAGAAAAAGCUGAACAAAUUCUGCCUUUUCUAACUGAAGACCAAAAUGUACUUGUAAAACUAACCACAUUGCAUUACGCUGCAAAUCUUAAACAAUCUGAGUGUUCAACGAUCAGUAUUUCCAUUUCUUCAGCAUUAGCGAAAAUUUACAAAAACCAGCAAAGUUUGACCCACGAUUUCCAACAAAGGUCAUACGAUAUCGUGACGCCUGAACAUCGAUGUGAAAAGAAAUGCGAAGCAGUUCAAAUCACCCAACACAUUAGCGAUAGAAUAGACGAACUGUUUCCCGAUGACGAAGAUGAUGACUUCGGUUUCCGUGUGGAACAGGUAACGCGUAGUGCAGAAUCCUUGACAGAAUCAAGUCCGGAGGCUAAACGGUUGAAGUUGAACUGUUCCAAAAGCAUGACUGAUAUUGGCAAGUCACAUCAGAAAGUCCGGAGUACGACGUUUGAGGAAGCAAUUGGUGGAAUGAGACAACAGAUCGAUAUUUUGCAACGGCUACACGAGCAAAACAUGUUGAGCACAAAUCAGCUAACGGAAAUACGCGAGAUUGGAAAAAUCUUGGCUGGUUUUCCUAAGUUCAUACAUGAUUCAGCAACUUAGUUCAGCGUUCCGGGUUUAAACAGUAUGCCUUUUUGUACAAAGCCAGAAGUGUAUAGUGUUCCAUUUUAAAUAAAGCAAUGUAAAAGAACCUUCUUAAUCU